AUGAAGCCAGGGCGGCAUAUUCUGAUAAACAUCCUUCGUGCAGAGCAAGAUGAAAAAGUAUUGCUCCGCGUGGAGGCCGAUGCGCGCCGAUUGGGCCGGCAGCGCACGGAAAUCUACUUCCAAGCCGUGAACGUGACAGGGCAUUGGGCAGACGGUAAACAAGCCGGAGGGUAUCCAUACAGCGCGUCGCAGAAUGGGGCCGAGGUUCCAGAGUGGGUUGUUUUCAGUGAGGUCGAGUUGAAGAUUGUUCGCGGGCAUACGCACAGCGGCCUGUCGUAUCUCAACGUGUUCGUGAAGUAUUUAGGGCGCGCAGGGUUUCCUGUCGGAGGCUUUCUGGGAGAAGACGACCACGAGUACGUUACCACCCGUCCGGAUGGAUGUGCGAAGCGUACGGAGCUCUUUGAGUCUUUGCAUUCGCAUGGGCUUGGGGGUUCUCCAUUAUCUGUUGCGUCCUUCGCUGCUGCGUCCUUCGUUUGA